AGAGCGGUAGCCGCAAGAAUCCCAGAGCUUCCAGCCAUGGCAUCCUCCUCACAGUUUUUCCUCUGCCUCGCCGUCGUUCUUGCUGGGACGGCGGCGAUCGCUCAGGGUGAGCACUCGCAGUGCCAGGACAACCCACCGGACAUCUCUCUGCGUGGCGGCGAGGCCGGUGUGGUCGUCGACGACCUCCCGGGAGGCUUCAGGGCCUACGUCACCGGUGCUGCAAGCUCAAGCCGCACCAUCGUCCUCGCCUCUGAUGUUUUUGGGUUCGAAGCACCUUUACUCAGGUAGUACAUAAAUAUAUCCAUUGCCUUUUAAUUCCUGAACUUUGUAUUCUUUCUCGCUCUGUUCUGGGGCAGUCGUAAUCGUGGUUUUCAAACGGCUCUGGUCUUGGUCAUCUAUAGCAUCUUAAAAUUAAGAGAUUUUGAUCUACUGACCAUUUAGGGGCGUUUGGAGGGCUUUUACUCAAGUGGCUUCACCAGUGAAAUUAAAAUAAGUGAAUGCAAAACGAGCUCAGCAUUUGACUCCAGGUGUUGGAUUGACAAAUCACCUCAUCUAGAAACGUGUUUCUUGUAUCCAGUUUAAUGUUUGAAGGAUACUUUCUGUUGAGAAACAAACUAACAUUAUAUUGUUUUGUCCUUGUGUAUAAUGUAAGACACAAGCCAGUGAAAAGUUAGCCCUCAUAUAAGAUACUAGAUUGUAUUCUGUUUAGAGUUCUACCACGUAACAAACCCUGCCUGUACUACUACAGUACUACUUGAAUGCUGAUGCUACCAUACAGGAAGAUAGCCGAUAAAGUUGGUGAGGCCGGAUACUUCGUAGUGGUGCCUGAUUUCUUCAAUGGAGAGUAGACUAUCUCAAGUUCUCAACUCAAGUAAAAACCUUACAGAAUGGCUCAAGUUUCACUCUCCGGUUAAAGCUGCAAAAGAUGCCAAGCCACUCUUUGCUGCUUUAAAAAAGGAAGGAAAGUCCAUUGGGGUUGGAGGUUACUGCUGGGGAGGAAAGUUCAGUGUGGAGAUGGCGAAAACCAAUGACGUUGAAGUAGCUUCCAUGUCUCAUCCUUAUAGUGUGGCAGCUGAUGAUAUGAAAGAGGUCAAACACCCAAUUAAGAUCCUUGGAGCUCAAAAUGACUCAAACACACCGCCCAAAUUAGUGUACCAGUUUGUCAAUGUAUUGCGCAAAAGAGCAGAGGUGAGUACCUACUGAUUAAGCGACACGACAGUGGGGAUCAGUUGCAUUGCACAGCUCAUUUUUGUGGCAUUGGUUGCUGCAGAUUCCCUAUGUAAGGAACAUGACCCUAUUAGGUCAUAGUUUUGUGAUUUUGGUGAUUGAGUAACAAUGUUAUCAAUGGGACUAAUGAAUUUAUCAACUAAACAAUUAUAGAUCCCAGGGAUGAAGCUAAAAGGCCAAGCAAAGCAAAACACGAAGAAAAAACUCAAAGAAACGCUGAAUUAGACGAGUUCUGCAGGAACAGUGGCACCGGAUGCACCGGUGAUACUGCACCGGUCUAACCAGCCGGCAUCGGAUACACCGGUGCCAUACCACUGGUGUAAUGGGUCGUGGAGUGGAGAAAACCAAGUGUCACCGGAUGCACCGGUGAUGUCAAGUGAGCAUCGGUGCAAUCACCAUGCUAUCACUCAGAGAGCCUGUCAAGUGGCGAGAAGAAGUUUCUUCAGCACCGGAUGAACCGGUGGUGCACCAGGCAAGGCACCGGUGUAAUUUCAAGACAGAAGCCGAAGAUUUCUUCAGGACCAGAUGAACUAGUGGAGCACCGGUGUAAGGCGCCGGUCUAACCGGUGACAGCCACGUCGGCUGUCAGAGGGCCAAUGACUAAAUCAGAGCCAUGUGUGACCGGAUACACCGGUGCUACCUGACCGGUUUUAUCCGGUGCCCUCGCAGAAAAUUGGCCAACGGUUCUUAAUAGCUCUAUGGACUUGGGAGCCUAUAUAUAUAUGCCACCCCCGGCCAUUUGAAGAUUGCUAGAGUUCCAAGACAUCACAAACACACCCAAGAAUAUCUCCAAGCCAACCCAAGUGCAUAUUGAUCAUAUCCUUAGGUUUAGCACUAGCUUCAAGAGUGUAAAGUGCUAGAUUAGCUCUUGAGUGAGUGAGAGCAAGGCUUUGUGCCUUUGUGCUGUGGUUCUUUGUUGAACCUACAAGAAAAGCUUGGUGCGCCGACCCCUUGGAGCUUUGAAGCUCGCCGACAACGUCAACGACCCUCCGACUUGGUGUGGAGCGGCGUGGACGACUUUGUGCGGGGGACGUGGAGACCCCCAUCUUUUGUGGAGAAGCUCCUUAGUGGAACCCGGGAUCAAGGUGACCGUGGUUGAGUCCGCGAAAGAGGCUUGACUUCCGAGAAGCGAUACUCUUAGUGAGUGCUUUAACGACGUGGAUGUAGGUGUGCCUUUGUGGCUAACCGAACCACGGGAUAAACACCCGCGUCAAGAGUUUGCUUCUCUCUAUCCCGCUCUUUAAGCUUCCGCAUUUCAUACUAGUAAUCUUUGUGUCUUUACUUUCAUAGAGUAGUUUCUUGAUAGGAAAGGCUAUAAGUUACUAAACUCUUUUGGGAUAGGGGUUUCACGCUAGAACAACUUUAGUUGCACAUAUAUAUAACAUGUUUUAGUUUAAUAUUGUGCAAUUUAGUUGGAUCCAUAGGUUAAGGUUUUAAAUUGCCUAAUUCACCCCCUCCCCCUCUUAGGCUAGAGCACCCAAUCCGGUCUUUCAAUUGGUAUCAGAGCCGGGACUUACAUCUCUCACAAAGAAAGCCAAUUCUAUUGCCAAUUCUAUUUAGUUUAAUAUUGGCAAUUCUUGAUCGGUUAGGCUUCACCGCCUAGUGAGUUAGCUCUUUGGGGGAAGGGAUGGAUUCAUUAGGACCUCCUCCACGUUUCGAUGGCACGGGCUUCCAACGAUGGAAGAUCUUAAUGCAAUCACACCUCCGAGCAAAGGGUCUAAAUGUUUGGAGGGUAAUGAGUGAAGGAACUAAAAGCAAUAGUCAACAAGAGAGGCAAUAUGAUGCUAUUGCAAAAUGUGCCAUUUUGUGCUCUCUUGGUGACACUGUGUUUAACAGUGUGUUUGCUUGUAAAAAUGCUAAAGAAUUAUGGAAAACUAUUUGUGAGAACCAUAAGGGCACGAAAGAUAUCGGAGAGGAAAAAUACCAUGUUCUCAUAGAUAAACUCAAUAGUUUCAAGCAACUUGAUCAUGAGAAUACCGAAUCUAUAUACUCAUGGUUAAAUAUUCUUGUGAAUGAGAUCAACUCUUUAGGUGUGAAGAAAAUUAAUGAUUUGGAGCUCAUUCGUAAGAUCCUUCACUCUCUACGAAGGCCGGACUACGAUUUGGUGAUCACAAUUCUUUAUGAGAAAGAAAUCGACACAUUGACACCAAAUCAAGUCCUCAACAAGGUGAUCGCCCACGAGCUACGCCAUGACAUCAAGCCAAGAGCGCCACCUUCUUCACCAACUCAUAGCGCACUUGUAUGCAAGCAAGUCAAGAAGUUGAAGAAGAUGGCCAUCAAAGGUAGCUCAAGUAAAGAUGAAGAAGAGGAGGCAUGACAAAGCUCCUCAAAUGAUGAAAAAGAGCCAAUGAACCCCAACCUCUACAAGUAAGUCAAGAAGAUGAACAAAUGCUUGCAAGAAAUCAACUCAAUGGGGUAUAUAGUCUUCCACAAAGAUGGACCUCAUCACCAAUAAAUGAAGAUUGAGAGGAGAUUCAAGAAGAAGAAAGAAAAGAAGGACAAAAAACCUCAACACGAGUCAUUCGCCAUCUUUGGUGAAUGGGUAAGCAGUGGUAAAGAAUCAAGCGCUAGUUCAAGUAAUGAAUCAAGCAAGGAAUUCACCACUCGCACCAACUUGGGAUCAUCAUCACACACAUGCUUUUUUGGCCCAAGGUAUGGACAACGAUGUAAGUGAUGAUGACUCCGAUUCUUCUUCAUAUGAAGAACUUCUUGAAUUAGUUCAUGAGCACCAGAAAAUCAUUAAAAAGCAAUUAAAUGAAAUCGAAACCUUAAUGCUCUUAAAGAUCUUAAUGUUAUUUUCACUACAAAGUAUGAAAAUUUGUCAUGCAAAUUCAAAUUGCUUAGCGAGAAGUAUGAAUAGCUCAAGUUAAAAUUUGAGAGCAUUAAUGAUACUAAUGACUCUUUGGAAACUUCUAACUCUUGUAAUAAGAAAUGCCAUGAGGUUGUUUUUGUAGAAUCAUGUGAUGACCUCAUUGCCAAGGAAAAUGACGAGCUCAAGCAAGGGGAAGAGAAACUCAUGAAGGACUUGGCUAGAUUAAAGGGCAAGAGCAUAGAGAGCAAUGUCCAACCUUCUCAAGAUAACCGUGAAGACAUGGUGAAGAAGGUUGAGAAGGGGUGCACCGUGACUUGCUCAAAAUGCCAUCAAAAGGGCCACAAGUCCAACAAGUGCCCUCAACAAAAAAAAAGAUUUCGGAUGAGAAGAACAAGAAGAAACUCACAAUCAAGAGUUCUCUCAUCUACACCAAGCCUAACCGGAGGAACAAAAGCCAUAGCACCACCUAUGUAAUCAAGAAGAAAACCAAUGGAAAGGUGGUUGCUCACAAGGUUGGGAAGCAAGAAAGGAGUUGGAAUCACUCCAUUUGGGUGCCUAAGGAUGUCAUCAGCAAUAUGAAGGGGCCUCAAAUGGUGUGGGUUCUAAAGGAGACUUGAAGCCCAAGAAUGGCUUCGGGGGAUUUGGAGGCUUGGCUAACUAGAAGAUGGAGGAUUCAAGCUAAAGAAGCCAAGCUCGCAUCUUGGAUAUUUGUUGCCCAAGUCCCCCAUAAGGUAAUGGUAGCUAAAAUUUCAAUUCAAGCAUCAUGUAGCUCCAUUGCCCUUGCUAGGUUGUUUGCAUUGCAUCACCUAGUGUUAUAUAUGGUGGGUUGCUUCUGUCAUGAUUCUAACCCAUGAGCAACCUACAUGGUUUGAUAAGAGUGUAGAAAGCUACACAAGGUUAUUCUUCAUGGUACAUGGACUUCAUGAGGUAUGUGUUUCAUUUGUGUACCAUGAACACAAGUUAUAGGGUAAAACUUCCAUUGUUGUCAUAAACAAUGUGCAUACAUUGGUUGGUGAUUCAAACACUAAAUGUACACAUUUAGGGGGAGUUCAUCCUAUGAUUUGUGAUUUUGAGACUAACAUAUUUGCAAGUUUAUCUUUUGUAGUCUCAUAUUGAGCCAUGGUCUAUUGAACUAAAUUUCUAUAUCUAAGUUCAUAGACUAUGUGCUUAUACAUUUGCUCAUUUUGGUGUACCAAGUGUUCUCCACUUCAAAGACUUUCAAUUGGUAUUCAAUUUCAAUUGAUAUCUUUCGGCACAAGUCCUUUUAAAAAUUGGUACAUACAAUGUAAUUAGAGAUUACCCCCGGAGGUAUGCAUGGUCUAUAACCCCUUCAAUUGGUAUUUUUGUCAAUUUUUUUAUAUAGAGCUACCUCCGUGCAUGAUAUGACCUAAGCUUUCUCUUUCAAAUAUCUAGUUGUGCACAUGAUUUUCACAUUAUCAUUUUGUGCACACAUUUUGUGAAAAGCUUAGCUCAUGUUAUGCUAGUUUCGUGUUUUUGUGAUCUACCUUAGUAAUUGCUCAUUUGGUAACUUCAUUAAUAUUAUACACUUGAAUAUUCAUGGAACUAACUCCCUGGGCUACUAACUUUUUCCCUUUGAGCUAUUUUGGUUUGUCAAGGCUUUUUAGGUGAUUUGAUUCCAAAGGGGGAGAAAUUUGGAUCAAAGCAAGGUAAAAAUGAGUAUCUUCCCAAGGGGGUGCAACUUUGAUUCCAAAGGGGGAGGAGAAAAAGAAGAAGAAGUAGCGAAAAUAGGGAGGAACAAAGAGGAUGAUGGUUUUAUGGGGUGGCCAAGUUGACACUGGAUGAUGGUAAUUAUCCAAGUAAGUGUAUGUGGUUCAAUUGAGUUCAAUUGGUAUCAGUUUAUCAAUUUUUGCAAAAUUUAUGCUUGCUUUGAUUGUGUUGUUAUCAAUCACCAAAAAGGGGGAGAUUGUAAGGAACAUGGCCCCAUUAGGCCAUAGUUUUGUGAUUUUGGUGAUUGAGUAACAACACAGUUAAUGGGACUAAUGAAUUUGUCAAGUGAACAAUUAUAGAUCACAUGGAUGAAGCUAAAAGGCCAAGCAAAGCAAAACACGUAGAAAGAACUUAAAGAAACACUGAAUUAGACGAGUUCUGCAGGAACAGUGGCACCGGAUGCACCGGUGACACUGCACUGGUCUAAUCGGCCGGCAUCGGAUACACCGGUGCCAUACCGCCGGUGUAAUGGGUCGUGGAGUGGAGAAAAGCAAGUGUCACCGGAUGCAUCGGUGAUGUCAAGUGGGAGCAUCGGUGCAAUCACCAUGCUAUCACUCAGAGAGCCUGUCAAGUGGCGAGAAGAAGUUUCUUCAGCACCGGAUGAACCGGUGGUGCACCAGGCAAGGCACCAGUGUAAUUUCAAGACAGAAGCUAAAGAUUUCUUCAAAACCGGAUGAACUGGUGGAGCACCGGUGCAAGGCGCCGGUCUAACCGGUGACAGCCACGUCGGCUGUCAGAGGGCCAAUGGCUAAGUCAAAGCCGUGUGUGACCGGAUACACCGGUGCUACCUGACCGAUUUAUCCGGUGCCCUCGCAGAAAAGUGGCCAAUGACUCUAUGGACUUAGAAGCCUAUAUAUAUGUCAUCCCCUGGCCAUUUGAAGAUUGCUAGAGUUCCAAGACAUCACAAACAUACCCAAGAACAUCUCCAAGCCAACCCAAGUGCAUAUUGAUCAUAUCCUUAGGUUUAGCACUAGCUUUAAGAGUGUAAAGUGCUAGAUUAGCUCUGAGUGAGUGAGAGCAAGGCUUUGUGCCUUUGUGCUGUGGUUCUUUGUUGAACCUACAAGAAGAGCUCGGUUCGCCGGCCCCUUGGAGCUUUGAAGCUCGCCGGCAACGUCAACGACCCUCCGACUUGGUGUGGAGCGGCAUGGACGACUUUGUGCGGGAGACGUGGAGACCUCCAUCCUUUGUGGAGAAGCUCCUUAGUGGAAUCCGGGAUCAAGGUGACCGUGGUUGAGUCCGCAGAAGAGACUUGACUUCCGAGAAGCGAUACUCUUAGUGAGUGCUUCAACAACGUGGAUGUAGGUGUGCCUUUGUGGCUAACUGAACCACGGGAUAAACACCCGCGUCAAGAGUUUGCUUCUCUCUAUCCCACUCUUUAAGCUUCCGCAUUUCAUACUAGUAAUCUUUGCGUCUUUACUUUCAUAGAGUAAUUUCUUGAUAGAAAAGGCUAUAGGUUGCUAAACUCUUUUGGGAUAGGGAUUUCACGCUAGAACAACCUUAGUUGCACAUAUAGACAACAUGUUUUAGUUUAAUAUUGUGCAAUUUAGUUAGAGCCAAUGGUUAAGAUUUUAAGUUGUCUAAUUCACCCCCUCCUCCUCUUAGACUAGAGCACCCGAUCCGAUCUUUCACCCUACUACGCCAAGAUCUUUCCAGUGGUUUCGCUUGGAUUUGCUUGCAGAUAUAAUACCAUAGACGCUUUUGCUGUUAGAACUGCUCAGCAAGCCCUUGCUUUAAUGAUCGACUGGUUCGACAAGUACCUGAAGUGAAGACGAUAAGACUUACACUAGUGUUAAGGUAUCAUUUGGUUUUUAAAAUAGCUGUCAUAUCGAAUGUUCAGAUAUCAAUUCGAAUGUUCGGAUACCAGCUUAAUAUAAAACUAAUUGCAUAAGUUGCAAUUAGAGAUCUAGAGGAAUCUAUUAAGUAGAUGGUUACUGUAGCAAUUAGUAGUUAAAUUAUGAACUAAUUAGGCUUAAUAGAUUCGUCUUGUGAUUGAGUCACGACUUAUGAAAUUAUGGUGUUUAAACAUGUGAUUUGAGUAUUUGACAGAACUUAUGACUUAAAUUGAAAAAAAAGCAAACUGAGACCAAAAUGUUGGAGCGGUUGCCAAAUAUUAGUGGUGGUUCUAAACUAGAAAUUCCUAGCACUUGUGGCCAAAGUAAAGCAUCCCUAAGGCUAAAAAAUAUUUCCUCUAUCCCAUGGGAACUUGCAAGGAGCUCAUUGUGCUGGGAAAAGUUUAGUGGGAAGGAAUACUUUAAUUGCAGUGUGGGUCCAUAGUAGAUGCUUUUUUUUUGUGAGAAGGGACAUCAUCACAUUAAUAUGAAACAAAGAUCUAGUACAGUGCUUACCCUUUUUACAGAGGGAUCCCUACAAAAAUCGGAAAUUACAAACAAGUCCCUCUUCUUCCUCCUCUCUUUCCGGCUGUUCCUCUGCUCCAUCCGAACCGUUGCACUGCAGCACGCAACACCACCAUCGCCACCUCGCAACCAGACCAAGAAAGCGACACCAGAAGGUAAACUGCAUGAGAUCCUCGGUAGAAGAACAUCGGCCGUCGAACUUUCCUGUCUAACCACCCAGCUCCGCCAUCUCCUUUGCGAAACAGAGCGCAGCUGCACCAGAUUGAGCAAGAAGACAAACCAAAGAAGACGCAAACCGAAGAGGCUGGCACCACCGCCGACGAGAAGUGGUAGUCCAGCAGCAAAUCCACAUCGGCCUGCCAAGAAGACGCCCAAGCAAGCCGAUCGAAACGGAAAUCCACCGCCGGUGAAACGAAGUCCGACGAGGAAGACGAGCCCCCAAGGGGCAAACAAAAGCUCCACCCCACACACGGAAGGACGAAGCACAACUAACCUCCACCAACGUCCCUCGCCAGAGCCGGCGUCAACAUCGCCGCCGCUGCCGCUGGAGGAGGGGAGGGGAACCAAAACCAUAGACGACGAAAGCGAGGUCGUUGUCGGGAAAGGGAGCACAAGACCUAACCUAGAUCUACUGCUAUACAAUCCACCCGCCGUGGAGCCGGGCUCCCCUCUCAAAUCCGUCGCCGGAGAGGCGCCGGAGGAGAGGGGGCCGGCGGAGCGGCGGAGGAAGCCGGGGGUCGCCCUGGCUACACUGUAGCAAGGGGAAAGAACAAGUCGACAGUGAGUAACUAGCAGAGAGACAGAGACACCGAAUCGGGUCCAUAGUAGAUGCUGCACAUUUCUAGUAUAGUUCCUCCUCCUAGACUAAAUGUUACAGCUGCCCUUAUGCUCAACCGGCUUCUUCCUUUUCCAACGUUCAGUUUAGCAGGAUAGAGAAAAAAAAAGCUUCAACAAAUAGUAGUGCUACAGUAGUAUGAAUAGUAUACAUGUAACACAUAAGCUGGAGCCCACGAAGGUGUGCCCAAGAGGACUUUUGUCUUACUCCAUGAGGUGUCACUUGAGACAGCCCCAAGACUUUAUGUGAUGAGAGGCGUUAUUUUUAUUCAACAAUAUAUUAUUCCAAAAGAUUUAUUGGUGGAAUCAUCAUCACUUUUGCAUUUCCUCGAGAAAGGACAUAGGAUAGGCCAACACCUCGCCUGCGUAUGGUCGAUUUCCGAUAGCCAGUUGUGGGAAUAGCUUCGCAUGUGAAGCUCUCUUCCGAAUCUUUUUGUAAAAAUAUAUAUCUACAAAUUUUAUAUUUAAAAUAUUUUAAAUGUAAAAUUGUGUUGCAAGUUAUUUAUAUAAUUUUUUUCAAAUAGAAAGUUUUGCAUAUAUAAAUUUUGUUAGAAUACAAAAUUUUGUAAGAAAACUCUUAAAUCAAAACACAAACAAUUUUUUUUUGAGAAAUUUGAGGAACAAAUUUCAGAGAAAAACCUUUUUAAGAAAAGUUGAAGGGAACAAAUUUCAGAGAAAAACCUUUUUAAGAAAAGUUGAAACAAAUAAAAGGAAGCAAAAGUUAGGACCAGAAUUAAAAAACAAAAAUUUUAGAACAAAAAAAUGUCAAACAAAAAAAAAAUCUGAACAACAAUUUUAUGAUCCAACAAAAAAUGAUGAACAACUUUUAGAAGAAAUUAUACAACAAAAGAGAAAAGGAGAAAAUCAUUGAGAUGGCGGCCGCGCUCGCCAGCGUGGCUGACGAGCAGAGCGCCAGCCGCAGCUCCUCCCAUGCCGCCCUCCAUCCUCACUGACGCCAGCGGUCGGCCUCGUUGGGGCCGCACGCCCUUGCCAGCUGCCACCGCGCUGCCCUGUCCUUGCUGACUGAGGGGUGAGGGAGCUCCGCGCCUCCUUGCCUGCCGCAAAAAUCGCCGCCGGGAGCUUGGGAGUCAGAUCCAGCGAAGGCCGCCGGGAGCUGGGGAGUCAGAUCCAGCAAAGAGAAGAGAGAGGAAAGAGGAGGGGAUGGAGAAAGAAAGAAAAAGGCUAGCGGCUGGAAUCCAGCGGGCGGAAGGAGAUAUCAUCGAAGGCAUGGGACCCACCACGGAAUCCCCUCGUGUGUUUUGGAAUGUCCGAUCACCAUGUAAUUAGCAUUGGGCAUAGGAUAUAUAGGUGCAACUAGUCCAGUGUGUUCUUAUGGCUAAACUUUUGAUCUUCCUGGAUCAAAUACAAAAUGCAUAUACGUACUCCCUCUGUCCCUUAUUAUUUGUCGCUUUGGGUGUGCGUGCCUUAAAUUUAACUCGAUUUGUAGAAAAUAUGUGUAAUAUUUGUAUCUCCAAAUAAAUUUAUUAAAAACUAGAUUAAAAGAUGUAUCUACUGGUAUUAUUUAUGUAUCAUAAAUAUUAAUAAUUCUUUAUAUAAAAUUGAUCAAAAUAAUUUCUCGGGAAGCGAGAACGUCAGUUAUUUAAGAACGGAGGGAGUAGUUUUGUACACAUUAUGCGUGCUACUAAAUUAAAAUUUUAUUCUUACCAUGAAUAUGCUUCGCGGCAAGUGUACGGACAGCUUCCUAGUUCUCCUGCUCGGCUAUGUAUUCGGGUGGGUAGGCAUGUGGUGGUGCAGCGGAUGCGAGCGGGGGCGGCAAAAUCGAGCUGUUGGCAAGUGAAUAAUCGGCCGAGAGCCGGGAGUGCGGAGCCAGGAAUUUAUUUUUUUCAUUAUUAGGGAGGGCCAACCAUGCUAAUUUAAAAAAAUUAAUCAAAAUUCAAAUGUUCAAUGUAAAUUUAGGAAUUAUUGGGGGGGGGGGCAGGCCCCCCUGUCUACGCCCCUACCCAUAGACGAGCGAGGCGGCGUCGGGCGCAGAGAGAAGCUGACAGGAACAAAUGGGCGGGCGAGAACCGCAAAUAUUUUUUUUUAAUUUAGAAGAAACCAUAGAAAGUUAGGAGGCUUUCCUCUUCAUGUAGGAUUAGAUUUAUUUACAAAAAUAGAAAUUUGAGUAGGGAUCUUGUCUCGCUGGAGUUUCCUCUUUAUAUUUUUCUUUUUUCUCAACUGUAAUAACACUUCGCCUUUCCGGAUAAACCUUCAUUGUUAGAACAUGGCUCCGUACCCAGUGGCCCCUUACAUUCCGACAACGUCACCUCAUCCUGACUCUCCUUUGUUGCGAUAAUAAAACACAAAAAAUGGAAAGUGUGGCACCUUUCAUGACUGUUCAGUGGCAACCACCCUCGUUCGUCCGGGAAGAUAACACUAUCAACGAAAGCCAAUGUCAACCACGGUUUUCUCGCCGUCCGAUCAUCAAUCAGAGAUCCACAUCCAACUGGAUCACCGUUCCUCGGAGCUCGUUUCAGAUCCCGUUUACUUGAGCUCGCGUGCUCUUCUAAUCCCAAUGCUCUUGUAAGCCGGCAUAGGAUCGCGACGUGGAAACAAACAACACCCCCGGCAGCUGGAAGCUAGCGGUUGUGGGCUUCCGGUCUCAGUGCCAUGGGCUCCGCGCAGGUCGUCCUCUGCCUCGCCGUCGUGCUUGCUGCGGCGGCGGCAGUCGCAAAAGCCCAGCACUCGCAGUGCCUCAGCAACCCGCCGGACCUGUCUCUGACCGGCGGCGAGGCCGGCGAGGUGGUCAGCGACCUACCAGGGGGCUUCAGAGCCUACGUCACCGGCCCGGCCAAGUCCCGCCGCGUCGUCGUCCUCGCCUCCGACGUCUUCGGUCUGUGCAUCAGUUCAUAUAUCACAAAGAUAGCAGAUAAAGUUGGUGAGGCCGGAUACUUCGUCUUGGUCCCAGAUUUCUUCAAUGGAGAUUUUUACGACACAAGUAAAAACAUUUCAGAGUGGAUCAAGUCUCACUCUCCGGUAAAAGCUGCCGAAGAUGCCAAGCCACUCUUUGCUGCUUUAAAAAAGGAAAGAAAGUCCAUUGCUGUUGGAGGUUAUUGCUGGGGUGGAAAAUUUGGUGCCGAGGUGGCAAAAACUGAUGAUAUAAAAGUAGCUUGUCUUUCUCAUCCUUCAAGGGUGACUGCUGAUGAUAUGAAAGAGGUCAAAUGCCCAAUUGAGAUCCUUGGAGCUCAGAAUGACACGUCGACGCCACCUAAACUAGUGUACCAGUUUGUGCACGUCUUGCGUCAUAGAACAGGGAUUCCAUACUUCGCCAAGAUUUUUCCAGGAGUUGCACACGGAUUUGCUUGCAGAUAUAAUACAACCGACCCUUUUGCCGUUAGAACUGCUGAAGAAGCUCUUUCUUACAUGCUUGACUGGUUCAAGAAAUACUUGAAGUGAAGACUACUUGAAGGUUACUCAGAAAUGAUUUAAAGAGAUAAUAUUUAUUUCUGAUCGCAUUGCAAACUUGCAUAUUGCCAUUGGAUGAAUAUUAUUGGAUAUUUUUUAUUGGUUUGAAGAUAUGAUGUACUGUUGGUCUCUUUUACCUUGAGACCAUGCUAAUUUAUCUGGAAUAUAUUAGUUUAAUUAAUGGAAGAAUUUUAAUA